AUGUCCGCGAGGACGUCGUCGCAGCGCGCGGUGCGCGCACCGACGUCCGCGAGUGAGCUCUUCGGUGAUUACGCCGCCGGACCGUCUCGCGCGCUCCAAGCGAGCGUUCGCGAUCUUCGCCCGCUCGUCUCGGGCGUCGACGUCGAUGGGUUCUGCUCGGGGGCGGCGGUGAUGGUGUCCCACGGCCCGCACGAUCGCUGGGACGCGGAUGAGAUGGGGAAACGGACGGUGGCGUUCGUGUUCGACGGCGUGCGCGCGGCGGACGCGGCGUUGGUCGAUCUGGCGCUUCGCGAGCGUGAACGAGGCGAGGGGAUCGAUGUGAGUAAUUUAGGAGGCUAUCACUCUCGCCCAGAUGCGUUCGAGAGGCUGGGUGGAUGCGCGGCGGCGCUGAGAGCGACUGUCGAGCGCGCGUGCGAGGCGUGCUGGGACGCGGUGCGGGGCGACGCGAAGAGCGUGUGGGUCAAGGCGAUGAUGGGUGCGGGAGACCCGACAAAGGUGACCACAUCGUGGGCGAACGUGUGCGAGCGCACCAACGGGCACGGGUUGCAUAAUCACGUGAAUGCGGUUUGGAGCGGCGUGUAUUACGCGAGCGACGGGCGAGACGCGGAAACGACUCCGCGCGAAGACGUCGACGAGCCGGGAGAUUUGUUGAUUCGAGUCACGGCCGGUGGACUUGAUCCACUAUCGGAAGGUCCGUCGGGGUAUUGUUCGUACAUGUGCGUCAAGCCAAAGGUUGGUCGACUCGUCGUUUUCCCAUCAUGGGUUCUGCACGGAGUUCUCGCGUCGGCAGGGGACUCGCCGCGCGUAUCAUACGCGUUCAACACGGGAGAGAUUGGUGUGAAAUUUUAG